AUGAUUAAUGAUCCUCAAAGCUCUCUGCAUCCAGAUAUGCCACCAGUGAACACUGUUCCAAACUUAGAAGCUCAUCCUCCUCUGCAUGAACCUUAUGAUAACAACAACCCUAUGUUCUAUGGGCUUCAACAGCACCAUCAUCAACGUGCACCAAAUUUCUAUCAGCCUUAUCCGACUUUUCAUGCUCCACCGAGUCAUCUGCCGCCUCCUGGAAGUCAUGUUGGUGCAGCUGGUGGAGUUACUUUCACUGAACAUGAGACGAAUGCUCAUUAUAUGGAUCACGGAUACAAAAGAAAAAGUGCUCAAGUAAUGCCCGGAUAUUCUCAGUAUCCACCACCAGCUCCUUCUUCUUUCCCUCAAUAUGGUACUUACCCGCAGCAACCACUAGAUCAGAGAAGCGUGAGGAACAGAGCAGAAGCAGCUUCCAUGGAUGCUUUUCACCCUCAUGGUGCUAACAGCUUCAUUCAAGGAAACUAUGCAGCUCAUCCUUAUCCACCUCCUGGCUCAACCUGGUAUGACCAACAUCGUAAUGGCAACAGAUCUGAUGGAUCGUCUUCGCUUUGGUCCCAAGCACCACCCUCUGGACCUUAUAUGCGUGGUAACGUUGACACUGGUAAUGUCUACUCUCCGAGGUACCAUGAAACAUCUAGUAGCAGAAACCCCACCCCAUUUGUAUACCCAAGGCACAACCACUAUAUUAGCCAUCACCCGGUACCUCCUCCUCCCACCGUAUACCCUCACAUGGCUUCAGCCUCAUACACUGUUCCUGAGACUAUGCACAGCCAAGUGGGAACGGUUCAAUCAAGUGGGUUCAGGAUAAACCAGCAACAUCCCAGAGAUGGUUUUGUACCUGCAGCAACUCGUAGACACCAUGGACUGCCUUUUCCCGGAUAUGAACUUGCAAUUUUUGAGGAAGGAGACUUCUACGAUGCUGCUAAUUAUGUCGAUGAUCAUCAAGGCAUGCGCUUAGACAUAGAGGACAUGUCAUACGAGGAGCUUCUUGCUUUGAGCGACCAGAUUGGAACUGUGAAGACUGGCUUGUCAGAAGAAGAUGUUAAAGAGCUUCUGAAAACAAGAACCUCUAUCAACCUGGAAGAUGAAGCUCCUUCUACUGAUCAAGAAUCUUAUUCUUGCACCAUAUGCCAGGAAAACUACAAGAUCCAAGAUAAGAUCGCAACGUUGGAUUGCAAGCACGAGUACCAUGUAAAAUGCUUGAAGAAGUGGUUGGUUAUCAAGAACGUUUGCCCAAUCUGUAAAUCAGAGGCACUGGUCAUGGAGAAGAAGAAGGGACAGUAA